GCGUAUGGUAGGUUUUCAUGAAAGUAACUAUUGCUAAUGCAAGUUCAAUGAAUUUGUCAAAAAGAGAACGAAUUAUUAUUAAUUGACCGAUAUUUAAUUACCGGUAUUUUUUUUCUCCGUUCAGUUGUAGAUGUACAAUUAUAUGGGUGUUUGUCAUUUAUCGUAAAAAUGUGUUUACUCUAAACGAGUAAAGGAAACUCUGCUUCUCGUAUAGGAAAAUAUACGCUGUAUGUUACUUCUGUGAUAAGUGUUGAUAACAAGAAGGAAAGUGAAUACAACAUGAGUGGGAGUGAAGUAUCGGUUACUAUAGGUUAUGAUACAGCCGUAGAUGAGAAGUACAGUGUUUACGCGAGUAUCUCCUUCGCUGUGCUAUUGUUGGGUGUCGGAGUUCCACUUUGGUGGCACACUACUGCAAUUCCGCGUGUAUCGCUUCCUUACGCUGGAAUCGAAGCACUCUCCGACCUAGACAUCAAUAUUAAAACGAAAAUUGUCGUCGUAGCUCUGUCUCGAGAUCGAGCUGAAUCCUUGGUGCACCACAUAACGAAUGCUUUUAAAAAUUCCAAUAUCUGUCGCAUAGAAGUUAUUUACCAUGUGAUAUCCAGUAAUCUAAUAGCUUCUGCGUUUACGCAUCAUGAACUAGAGAAAAUAGCAUCAGCUUUCAACUUGGACGUCGGACAACUUCUACUUUUGGAAACAAACAACUUGAACGAUGCAGUUCUCGUCGGCUCGAGAAGAACCAUUUACUUUUCUACAGAAACCACUGCCUUCACUUUGAUUCAAGUAUUAUCGGAAUGGAUGUUGCUUGAAAAGUCACUGACUUUAACGAGAAAUGCACUCACCGAACCAACUCUUUACAGCCUAGAUGAGGAAAACAGGAGAAGGUUCCCGGCUAGCCCGGCUUACGAUGUACUCAUCACUGUGGUCAAUCCAGAUCCAGAAAAACUGAAAAUUGCUUGGGAUCUCCGCUUGAUGGCCGAGGAAUACGUCGAACCAUUUCUCUCUGAGCUUUCGAUUCUGAGUAACUUCUCUGUCAAAUCACAGUGGUUGUAUUUGCUGCCAUUGGAUGUUAGCCCGAAACGAGUGCCUGAUAGUGGCCCAUUAGGUAGACAUUUUGCAUUAUCAGAGGAUGUUUUACCUCAAUUAAUUACACCAUUGGAGAAAAAACUAGCCUCACAGGUUAGUCUCCAUCCAACUAUCAAUUUCGUUAUCUAUGCUGUUCCUUGUGACAGCGCUCCGUUACAUAUUUACACACGUUCUGGACAUCGAUCGAGAAAUAACGCUAACGUCGAAGCGUUUCUUUCUCCAAGAUGGGGUGGUGUAGUUUUGAUCAAUCCACCCGUUGAAGCUUGCAUGGCUGCGAAACUCGAUCAACCGGUUACCAUUAUACCUGAACAAAUUACCAUUGUUGGAACCUUUCUUACCCAAUUGAAACUUCUUUUAGGCAUUCCUGAACCGAAAUUCUUAAAUGGUGUUACCGCUGUUUCUUUGCCCGGAUUGAAACUGCAUGAUUGGGAAGUCGAUGCAUUGCUACGUGUACGCACGAUCGAGCAAUUAACAUCGGCAAAAUUGACUCUGCAAUCGAUUGCACAACUUCUUCAAGAAAUUGGUAACAUUGUGAUUACAGAUAUUGUAGGAAACAGAAUUAAAACAGCCUUGCGUUUGGUGGAAGAUUCGGCUGAACAAUUAAGGCGUGGCAAUCUAGCUGUAGGUUUUUUGCUGAGUAAAGAAGCAUUUGUUACUGCGGAAGCAGCAUUCUUCGAUCCAACGCUCUUUGCUUUGUUAUAUUUUCCCGAAGAUCAAAAAUACGCUGUAUACACACCUCUUUUCUUACCAGCCAUGGUACCAGUCUUGCUUUCCUUAAAAAAUAUUUAUCGCUAUUAUUUCCAUCGAAGAAUUAAUAAUCCAUUGAAGGAAACUGCACCAAGCCAAAAUAAAUGAGAGCAGCAAGUGUUUCACAAUAACGUCUUCAACCAUUUGCCAAGUUUUUACUUCAUAUUGUUUUUUUCUUUAUCAAUUUCAUUGUAUCCUACUGCCGAUUCAUUUCUAUACAUCAUGCUGUUUUAUCUAGAUAAAAAGUCGAUGAAACAAACGUCGCAAAUAAAAACAAUAUUUUUUUAUUGUACAAAGAAAAUGUUCAUCAAGUUAUAAAAACAGCAGAAAGUGUGGGAUGAGUCAGUGAGUGAAUGAAAAAGAUAGGGAGAGGACUGAAUGAGUGAAAAAUUAGGAAAGACAGGCAAAGACGAAAAAUGAGGAGGGACGGGAAGCGGCAGAGAAUGCGCUGAACUGUUUAAAUUAUUUCAACCAAUAUCGAAUGAGUUUAAGAUACUUUACGUACAGUUAAAUUUCACUUUUGUUUGUCCUGCAUAUUUCUCGUACAUAGAUAGAAUUCUAGAAUUACAACUUUCUUGUAAUUUCUGUUACGAACGAAACACGGAUCCGCGUUAUGCGUCACAGCAUACAAUAUAGUAUAAAGUAGCGCUAGAUAAAGGUUUCUGUUUGUACACAGGUACGCGUCUUUUGUCCACAUUUACGCACACAAAUUUAAUACUAUCAAACGUCUCCCACGCAUGCUCAUACAUCCGUUUUAACAAAUUUCAAAUUAAUUAUCAUUAGAUCGUUAGAAACAGCUAAUAAUCUAUGUACAAUACACGUAUAUCAAUCCUCAACCAGUUAUCAAAUGGUUACAAAAUUAUUGAGUUGAAUCACUAUAAAAUGUAUGUUCAACUACCGCGAGAAAAUUUCAAAUUCAAGUUAGUUUAAUGUAGCUGACUCGAUACGAGCAACUUCAUGACAAUAAAAUCCGUUGCGUGUCCGAAAUGUAAAUAUUUCCCAAUUUUAACAAAUCGAGAUAACGCUAUUAUUUUUUUUCGCUAAUACACUGUCAAGAUUUAUCAUAAAUCUCACAGCUACUGUGGAUUGGAUGGAUUCUUCACUUAAUCAGGACAAGCCCAAAUUUGUUUUUGUUUGUUCGAUUAGUAGUUGAACAUUAUCACUAAUAAUAAAAAUAAAUUAAUUGGUGAAUUGAAAAGUUUACUCGUAUGAAAAAAAAAGAAAGAGAAAAAGAUAAAAAUAUAAACAGGAAAAGAAGAGUAGGAGCGGGAGAGGGACGGAAGGGGUUGAGGAAAAUUAAAAGAAAAAAAGGGAGGAGUAAAAAGGAGGGAUGUAAAAAAAAAGAAGAAAAUUAACAGAGAUGCUGAACUAGCUGUAUCGCAUGUUGCAAAGCAUCUGCGAUAUUCUGAAAAACAGGUACACCUUCGCGCGUCGCGUAGUCCGACAGGUACAUUCUUCCCCGAUUGUAGUCUUUUAUGGCUUGUUCAGUUAGCUGAAAGAAAAUGUUACCUUCUAUAUAAAUAUAUGUAAAAUUUGGUUCAAUGGAAAAAAGAAAUACAGAAGAAAGAAUAUAGAAGCUAUAGGAACAAAAUGAUACUUGUGUAUAGUAAUAUCUAUAGAAGUGUAUAUUAUCUAUAGAAUACAUACACAAAAACGCUCACCUUUUCACCAGAAACUACGCAGUCUUCGGGAAGCGCUUGAACGCAUAGGACUAAUUUUGCGCGUAAUCCAAUCAGGUGAGCUGCCAAUGCCAUUAUAGUGACACCACGCGAAUGUUGCGGUACGAUCAAUAAUAUUAACCGUGAAUUUUUCAUCCUCUGCAAUUCUUGUGGCAACACCUUUACGUUGUACUCGUUCAGGCUUGAUCGAUAUAAGGAUAAUCCAAUAGAUCUAAAACGAGAAACAAUUUACGUGUAAACUUACAACGACAUUGUCGUAAUGGAGAGAAUCGAAAGAACGUUACAUCUCGAAUGCUCACUCGAUCGAGGGUAUGGCGGUCGUUUCUAACCAAAACUGAUCUUUACCGAUUACUCCAAUGUACAAGUCUCUCUUCUCGGAUUCUGGCACGAAGAAAUUGGUCCAAUCUAAAAAGUUGAACGGUCGAACGAAUCGUACACUCGACUGCUCGGACGUUUUCGUGAACAAUUAAUCGAGGCACGAACGUCUCGUAACGACCUGUUUGCUAGUUGAUACACGCUAACGAUACACACGCUACUACAGGUCGUGGCAAAUUUUUGAGAAUAAGAAAUACCUAGGAAACGGUUAAAAGGUUGCACGAUAGCUCUGCGAAGAAAUUUCGACGCCUUCCUACAUAAAAUACUCCAAACUGAAGGUAUCUCACUUUCACAAGAGACGCCGUUGCUCUUCGUCCUCCACGCUGAUUCGGUAGCUAAGGCACAAAAUUGUUCGAAGUUUAUCCGUAAUUCCGUUGGAUCCCUCUUCGCUGGAAAUCCAUCGUCUAUCAACGUCCUAUACGCUUCUGAAAGCACAUAUAAACGCAGACAGUAGAGAAAAUAUAGCUGAGCUAUAAUCCAACGCCUACACGCUGUUAUUACCAUAUAUGGCAUUGUCAACGCGUUAGAUGUACACGUACGAUUUUCAUUAUGCGAAAAGUAUAAUAUUUAUUACCCGACUUGUUCACGACACUAAGAAGCUCCGACAUCGAUGGUACGUUGCACUUGACACUCGAUUGUAAUGCUAUCCAAGCCUACAAAAUCAAGAGUGCAAAGCAAAUGUAACAAGAAUAUGUUAUAAUUGUAACAAUUGUAACAAGAAUAUGUUAUAAUUUGUUUUUCACAAGCAAUAUGUGUUUUUCUACAAACAUGUGGCAAAUAGACGCUAGUGAAACUUACUUCUUCCAAGUUCACGGCCCCAUUAUCGUUCAUAUCCAUAGAUUUGAAAAUCUCCCUGAGCAUACUGCAAGAGAGUAGGUUAAAAUCGAAUAUUCGACACAAUCACACUUACAUAAAUAUGUAUGUACAGUUUCAGCGAAAAAUCCUUACACCAGAUCCAUUCCAUUUUGACCGAAUGAUAUUUUAAUCGGCCUAAUACCAUCAUCGGCAUGCAGAUCUUCCACGUUAAUUUCCUCACGUAGCAUCUAUGGAGAAACGUAGAUCAGUAGCUUUUUAGUAUAAACAAUUAAAUUUAUUUCGCUCAAUGUAAUUUACAAAAUAUAUACUACAACAAUCA